AUCCACUGACUGAGAGUAGAAUUGAAAAGCCACAUCCUGUAUACGUGCCUCGUGAUGAAGCAUUCGAAGAAAUCAAGCAGGAUACUUUCUCUGCUGGAAGGGUGAAAGCUCUGUUCCACAAUCUUAUUCCUUUGCUUGCUGCAACGCUGUCAAGUUCAGACAUUCCAUUUAACUGCUUUUCCGAGAUUGACAAGCUUUAUAUUGAUGGAGUUGUUCUGAGAGGUGAAGAGCAUAAAAACAUGUUAGAGAAUCUAUUAUUGGGCAAGAUGAUGAAACAGGUCGUCAGUGUUGGAGAAAGAUUGUUAAAAUAUGACAUCCCAGCUGUUAUAAAGAGGGAUAGAUUCUCUUGGCUGCGAGACAACGAAUUUGCAAGGCAGACUCUCGCUGGGGUGAAUCCAGUAAAUAUUGAGUUGUUGAAUGAAUUUCCUAUUCGCAGCAAACUAGAUCCUGUUGAGUAUGGUCCUUCAGAGUCAGCAAUAACCAAGGAACUACUGGAACAAGAAAUUGGAGGAAUGAGCUUGGAAAAGGCUAUUGAGGAAAAAAGACUAUUUAUCCUAGACUUCCACGACAUGCUUUUGCCUUUUAUCAAGAAGAUGAACUCUUUGCCUGGGAGGAAAGCCUAUGCCUCAAGGACAAUUCUCUUCCAUAGUCCCAAGUGUAUUCUGCGGCCUAUUGCUAUUGAGCUUUCUCUUCCUCCAACACCAUCAUCACCAGGGAAUAAGCGGGUUUAUACACAUGGCCAUGAUGCUACAGCACACUGGAUUUGGAAGUUAGCAAAAGCUCAUGUUUGCUCUAAUGAUGCUGGUAUCCAUCAACUAGUAAAUCACUGGUUAAGGACUCAUGCAUGCAUGGAGCCAUAUAUAAUUGCCACUCAUAGACAGCUAAGCUCAAUGCACCCCAUUUACAAGCUGCUACAUCCUCAUAUGCGCUACACACUGGAAAUUAAUGCACUAGCACGACAGAAUCUAAUAAAUGGAGGGGGAAUAAUUGAGGCUUCCUUCAGUCCAGGAAAGUAUGCAAUGGAGCUUAGCUCAGCAGCCUACAAGAAUAUGUGGCGGUUUGAUAUGGAGUCACUUCCAGCAGAUCUUAUUCGAAGGGGAAUGGCUGUAGAAGACCCUUCAAUGCCAUGUGGUGUAAAACUGGUGAUUGAAGACUACCCCUACGCUGCAGAUGGACUCCUAAUUUGGUCUGCCAUAAAAGAAUGGGUAGAGUCAUAUGUUGAGCACUUUUAUUCUGACUCAAAUUCUAUCACAUCUGAUUUCGAGCUCCAAGCAUGGUGGAAUGAAAUUAAACAUAAGGGUCAUCACGACAAAAGGAAUGAGCCCUGGUGGCCUAAACUCGAGAGCAAAGAGGAUCUCUCUGGCAUACUUUCCACGAUGAUUUGGGUAGCGUCAGGUCAACAUGCUGCAAUAAACUUUGGACAAUACCCUUUUGGAGGGUAUGUGCCUAAUCGUCCUACCCUAAUGAGGAAACUCAUUCCCCAAGAAAAUGAACCUCAUUAUGAGAAGUUAAUUCAAAAUCCUCAGCACUUUUUCUUAUCAUCAUUGCCUACUCAACUUCAAGCUACCAAAAUAAUGGCAGUUCAGGACACAUUGUCCACUCAUUCCCCUGAUGAAGAGUAUUUAGGUCAAUUGAAUCCAUUGCAUACUCACUGGAUCAAUGACCAAGAGAUCCAUAAAUUGUUUAGUGUAUUCUCUGCUAGACUUGAGGAGAUAGAAGAUAUAAUCAAUGCAAGAAACAAAGACGUCCGUCUAAAGAACAGAAGUGGUGCUGGCGUUCCUCCUUAUGAACUAUUGCUUCGGUCAUCAGGACCAGGGGUAACAGGUCGUGGAAUUCCCAAUAGCAUAUCUAUUUGAUUUCUCGUUAGCGCAAGUAUUGAAACCUGGACUGAACUGGCUGGUCGGACUAGUGACCUAGUCACCGGACCAGUCUGGUCAACCAAUGAAAAUGGGAAUUAAUUGACUUGGGAUCAACGUGAUUUAUUUGGGAUUAACCUAGUGCAACCCGUCAAUCAUUUGGAUUGAACAGGUCAAUUGGAUUGGAUUUUACAUAAUUUUUCCCCUUUGCUGAGCCUGGAACAACAUUGUAUUGAGUGGGGAAAAGAAAAUAGAAGCUCAUCGUAUUUGUGAUUUAGUGACUCUAUUUUGUUAGAUUAUAUGUGUCUUAUGUAUGAAUGUUUCAAUUACUUGUAAUUAAUGCCUUUUUUAUUUAAA